AUGGGAAAACAUUUUGGUAACUUGGCCAAAAUCAGGGGCCUCAUCACAUACAAAUUAUCACCACACGAGCAACGCGCUUUUGCUGGUGCGAUCUCUAAUGGAUUGCCUAACAUUUUUCGGAGAAUUCGAGAAAAUAUAUUCAGAGUUGGUCCUCCAAUUGUUAUUGGGUAUUUAAUAUAUGAAGGAGUUGAAAGGGAACACCACAGACUCACUCGCAAGAAUCCUGCUGAUUUUGAAAAUGAUCAA